AUGCCUGACGAAGACCCAAACAAACAGAUUCCACGUAUCUUCGUGGGAGGUAUGGCCCACGGUCGAGAUCCUCAGAAACCUGUGAACGAGGAGAUGAUUCGAACAGUUUUUGGCAAGUUCGGAGAAAUCGUCACCAUCAAGACAGGCAUGAAGGAUUUCGUGUUCAUCGACUACAAGGACCAUGAGAGUUGUCAGCGAGCAAUCGAGACAAUGCAUCAGAAACCCUUCGAUGAGGACUCGUCGGGCCCGAUGAAGGUUCAAUAUGCUGAGCCGAGACGCGAGCGCCGCGCGGACACUCGGAGGUCUGGGCGUUUCGACCCUCGGAACGAUUACAAUCGCCCGCUCCGAAGCCGAUCUCGCUCCCCCGGCCCUCCUCCAAGUGCCUACAACGACAGGUACAUGGAUCGUCGCCACGAGCAUCAUGGCCAGUAUCGCAAUGGAGGGGAUCACGGAUACAACCGAGACAUGCCCCGUGACCCGACGAUGCGUCAUCCGGGCGAUAUGAGAGGUUCCGACCGCGAUUACGGUCGUCAGCCAAUGCCUGAUGGAAGGUAUCAACAGCAUGGAAGGGGAAUGCCGGAUAGAGGAUAUGACCGUCAAGCUCCAAGGGAACCAUACAAUGCUGGCCGUGAUGACCGUUACGAUCGAAGGCAACCUUAUCCCAGAGACGAUCGAUACGACAGAAUGCAGCCUCGCCGGGAGGAUCGACCCAAUGGAGGCCCCAACGGCCCAGGAGGAUACGAUCCAAGAGCUGCUCCUCGGAACGAUCAAUUCCGAGGGAACCCGCGACGCCCCCCCUCCCCGGCUAGGCCACCGGCUGGAGGGCGGAGCAGGAGCAGAGAGCCGAUGGAAAACACUUCCGUCAGGAGGGAUGACUACGGGCAGUAUGACAUGAGGGGAGCUCGAGACAACGCAUAUGAUAGACCAGUGGACCCAAAUGCUCGGUACGGCAUGGACAGGCCUGAUGGAGGGAACUACGAUCAACCAGGUCGAGGAGGGCGUCCUGAGCCGGAGAACUUUCCGCAGCGAUACGAUCAACAGCCUGGAGGAGGAGACAUGAGAGGCUACGGCAGGGAUGCCCCCAUGGAUAAGUUCUCUUCCUACGGGAACGGCCCCAACGAUGACGACCGAGGCCUGCCGCCGAAUGAGCAGUCGAGGAGGAGGCAGCGCGAGGAACGCUUCUCGUCCAACAACCCGGGGGAACAGGUCCAGCUCCUGAUGAUGAUCGACGUUGUCUUACCCUUCCUGCAGGAUGCUCCUAGAGACCAAGGACGGGCCGCAGCGUCUGACUUUGAUGAUGGAGACAUGUGA